CUGUCCGGAGGGAGACACCUAUCUGAUUCUGAUUGCUUUGCACACAGGUGAGAGGAGCCUAUAUAUAACUGAUGAGAUGAGAGCUGAAGCCACUUCCACCAGCAGCUGUUAGGGUCAGUGGUCAGGAUUUAAACAUGUGUUCCCACUUGCAAACUGCUAUGGAGGGCCUCAUCGCCGUGUUCCACUCCUACUCUGGAAAAGAAGGGGACAAGUACAAGCUGAGCAAAGCAGAGCUGAAGAACCUGUUACAGGGAGAACUCACCGAAUUCCUUGCGGCCAGCAAGGACCCCAUGGUGGUUGAGAAGAUUAUGCAUGACCUGGAUGAAAACAAGGACGGCGAGGUGGACUUCCAGGAGUUUGUCGUUCUGGUUGCUGCACUGACCGUUGCCUGCAAUGAAUUCUUCAUAGAUGAGGAUAAAAGCAUGAAAUGCAAGAAGGACCCUGGUUCCAAGUGAGACUAAGUCUAAUGUUUACAUUGAAUCAACUAAAUGUCAUUUUGGAUGCAUCCUAAUCACAGCACCUUGUAAUGUUGCAAAAGAGUACGUCACUACAAACUCAAUUUGUCUAUGAAAAGUCCAUCUUAAUAAAAAUGUUGUCUUG